UAUCGAAUAUCUGUACCUGCCACUGCUCGCUUUGUUUGGAAUUUUUGUUCUCUGUUUCUUUUUUUAAUUUUCUACACUAUCGCAGCAUUUACUAUGUCUUCAUUUGCACCGUCUACCAAGAAAGCAAAGAUUGCAAGCAGUGAACCCACAGACGUGGAUUAUUUUAAAGGUAUACCUAAAAUUGAGUUCAAACCAGACGCUGGUGCAACAGAUGUGUUGUGCUUCAAGCAUUACAAUGCCAAGGAAGUUAUCAAUGGAAAGACUAUGGAGGAAUGGCUGAGGUUUUCAGUCUGUUAUUGGCACACAUUUAGAGGAACAGGUGCAGAUCCAUUUGGUUUCCCUACUCUAACUCGUCCAUGGGAGGAUGGAACCAACAGCAUGGAAAAUGCUAAAAGGAGGCUGAGAGUAGCUUUUGAAUUCUUCAGUAAACUAGGGGUUCCAUACUGGACAUUUCAUGACAGGGACAUUGCUCCUGAAGGUGAAACAUUGGCAGAAACAAAUGCUAAUUUAGAUGAAAUCACAGAUCUUGCUCUGGAACUGCAGAAUAAAACAGGGGUCAAGUUGCUAUGGGCAACUUGUAACUUAUUUGCUCACACAAGGUACAUGAAUGGAGCUGCCACCAAUCCAGAUGCUCAUGUCUUUGCUUAUGCUGCAGCACAAGUGAAAAAAGGACUUGAAAUUGCUAAGAAAUUAGGAGCAGAAAACUUUGUGUUCUGGGGAGGACGAGAAGGAUAUCAUACGCUGCUCAAUACAGAUGUCAAACGUGAACUGGAUCACAUGGCCAACUUCUUUCGCAUGGUGAUAGCGUACAAGAAGAAAAUUGGAUUUACUGGACAACUGUUGAUUGAACCAAAGCCCAAAGAACCAACAAAACACCAGUACGAUUAUGAUGCCCAAACUGUCAUUGGUUUUUUGAAGACUUAUGGCUUGGACAACGAUUUCAAGCUGAACAUCGAACCUAACCACACAACAUUAGCAGGUCACAGCUACGAACACGAUAUAGUCGUGGCUUCCAAAUAUGGUUUGCUUGGAUCUAUUGAUUCCAAUACUGGAUCACCUGACCUUGGAUGGGACACCGACCAGUUUCCAAUGGACGUCAAGAACUGUACAUUCGUCAUGAAGGCUGUAAUCGAACAAAAUGGACUGGCUCCUGGCGGAUUGAAUUUUGACUGUAAAGUACGACGAGAAUCAACUGAUGUUGAAGAUAUGUUUAUUGCUCACAUUGGGGCAAUGGAUGCAUUUGCUCGAGGCCUCAAGUCAGCCAUGAAGUUGAUCGAAGAAGGAAAACUGAGCUCACUUGUUAAGGAACAUUAUUCAUCGUUUGAUGACGGUAUUGGAGUCAAGAUUGAGAAAGGGUUGACGUCACUAGAAGAGCUAGAGAGCUACAUCAUGGAAAAUGGAGACCCUGAACUGAUCUCAGGAAAACAAGAAAAAUGUGAAGCCAUCUUGAACUUCUACGUGUAAAACUGAUCACUGAGAGGAUCACCGAUAGAUAAACUAUAGAUGAACAAAUGAAUAUUAGACGCCCAUGGGUAAACCACUAAUUAGUUUGGCCAAGGGACCAAAAGAGACCAAAAGACUCUGUCCUUCUCGACCAAAUAUUUUUUUAUUUUGGUAAAUAUUUACUGACUAGAAAAAUAGCCCAAAGGUUAAUCAUAGAAAUUGCACGAUAUUUUCUUGCCACUUUGCUUCACAGCCUGUCAUGGUAUAAUUUUUAUAAAUAAAGCGAUACCUGAUUUUAUCAUA